UUACGCCAUUUCUCAUCCCACUUUCCCCCCAACCCGGAAUAAUAAACACGGCAGCAUCUACAAGAAAAAAUAUUCGUCUCGAAAACAGCGACAGCAAAAGGAUAACGAACAAAAUACGCACAUACCACCGAUUCCUCAUCACCAACAAAUUCAACAAAAGAUGCCUCCCAAAAAGCAGAGCGGCCCAGCCGUGCCCAAGAUGAUCUCGCGCCCAAAGCCGCCGCCACCGGGCGAAGAGAUUGCCUCGGACGAGAUCCAGCUGGGCGAGUUCGAGGGUGUCGAGACCUUGAGCUACUCCGAGGCGGAGCUGGUGCUGGAGGCGCUGGAGAAGAAGAGGCGGAAGGAGAAGCGCUACCAUGAGACUGAGGUUCUGCAAAAGACGCGCGAUCAUCUCUCAUUGUUCCGCCGCUUCAAGACCCCCGAGAACGUUCAGGCUGCCGAGCGGCUGUUGUCUGCCAGGCCGGAAUUGCACAAGUUUGAGCGUGCUCAGAUUGCAUCUCUGGUCCCUGAGAACAGCGACGAGGCCAAGAAGCUCAUCCCGUCACUUAAGGACAAGUUUGACGACCAUGACCUGGAAGAUUUACUACAGGAGCUUUCCAAGUUCUGCGAUUGAUUUUGAUUACAAGCCUUGGUUGGCUGGAUUAUUUUUGUUUCUACUGUUGGGAAGAAUAGGUGAUUGAUACCUGUCUACUCUACCUUUCUUUAUCAUCUUGAUUUCAGGUUUGUCGAUUUUGCAUGGCAGGCGUUCUGCGGCGCUUCUUGGGACGGCACAAUACAAAAUUGGGGCUUUUGACGGCGAAGAUUGAGUAUAUUUUGAUGGAUUUUUUUUUUCUUCUCUUCAGCCUUUGAAAGCACCGAAAACCUACUCACUUUCUUCCUAAUCUUGGAGAGGAUAGAAAAUCAAGGGAGCACACUUGCGCUGAAUCCUUUCCGUCUCUCAGUCAACCAGGCUCAAGUCAGACCAACUUCCCGCGUGAACACCGUUCUCGACCUCCUUCGGGGUAGCCCGAAGCGUGGCACGGUGGCCUGACGAAUCCACGCGUUGGUCCUGGGGGUUGUGCAACGACGAUGGCGAGUAUUGCUCUUCUCGACUACCUCCAUGGUGCAAGGCGGGAUUUACUGCCCUGUAGGGGCUGUGGCGCCGGGAGUUUGCCGCCGCCGACUCGACAGGCUCAUAUGCCCAGGAGGUGAAGGGCGAUUGGGGCUGUCUGAAAUCAUCCACAGGCGGAGAUACUCGCAAUAGAGGUGGUGGACUUAGCCCCGCUGUCCUUAUGAUAAAGCCGUGUCCUCGGGUGUCUGGGUUCUCGGCCGUCGUGAAGAUCUCACUGCCGUCCAGCUCGUGGGACUCGGGCAGAGAGUGCAUGUUCUGAAUUUGACGCGUUAUGGUUUUCCCAUCCGGGCUGCUGUUGGUGUUUCUGUGGCUGGAAAUAAAGCUGUCGGCUACUGAAAUGGUGCUUCUGGGAGACAUGGGGCUGACUGGAUCUGCGUCGCUACCACGUUGUGAUUCCGUCAAUGAUGGGUGUGGUAUUGAUGGCGAUGGCACCGUGGGCCUGGUAUCUUCUUG